AUGACUACGCCUACUCUGAUCAACCUCCCCCUCCUCCCUCUGACCCCCGGCACCCCCAAUUCCGGCACAACCUCUCUCUCAGCCCUCUCCACAACCGCCAUCAAAGACGGCCACCAAGGCACACCCUUCCCCCACCACCGCGGCCACGCCCACCAAUCCUCAACCUCCUCCGCAACCACCCUCGAAGCCGAACGCGCAGACCGCAUCUCCCGCCUCGCCGGCCUCGGGCGCGUCGCAACCGCCCGCGCCAGCGGUAACUCCCCCGCCAGCCAUAUCCCACCCUCCCACAUCCCGGGCUACUUCGACAGCCACGCGCUUAAGGAGCGCAGCACCGUCGGCAGCGCCAGCGCAACCGGCAGCAUCGGCCACGCAACCUGGGCAUCAGGCAGCGAGGCCUUCUCCGCAGACAAAAUGAGCGAAGACGUCGAUGUGGAUGACCGCGAUAGCGUGGGGAAUGUUAGUGAUGAGGGCAAUGCGAGUCUUGUUGGGUUCGGCGAGGGCGCGAAUAGCACUAUCUCCGGACCGACGAGCCGUCCUCCUGCUCUGAAUCGCAUGUCCUCUGGUGGUGCCCGCCCGACUAGUAUGGGGAGCGCCGGUGUGAACCCGAAUGCCGGUCGGGGUAAUCCGUUGGCUAGUUAUAUCCAGCAACAGCAGCAGCAGCAGCAGCAGUAUGGUGCUGGAUCUGGGGUUGGGGUUGGUCCUGGGGACAGUUCGAUGGCGUCGUCUAGUUUGGCGGGCUCCGUUACGCCCGAGCCUGUUACUGAGGAUGCGCGGAUGGUUAAUGGGAUGACUUUUGAUGAAAAUGUGGUUGAUACUACGGUUCGCACACCGCGGUUGGCUACACCGAAUCGCGAGUCUGGUGAAUAA